AGGAUUACUUUACUCAUUGAGUAAUGCAAUUUUAUGGACUGUACUUUUCCUCAUGUCAUGACUUGGACUAGUGACUGACUAAAUAGGCGGGGUGUGAACAUACGCUACAUAAAAACAACAGGUAACGAUGUAAAGAUCAGUAGCGUCACUUGCCUUCAAAAUGGGCAACUGGAUAAUUAACCAUGGACUGUCAUCCUUCAUACUGGUGGUCUGGAUGGCCAUCAAUAUCUUCCUGUUCCUCUGGUUCUAUUUCUUCUACGACUUGGGGGAUCAGUUUUUCUACACACGCCACAUUUUAGGGUCUGCAUUGGCCUGGGCCAGAGCCCCUGCAGCCGUCCUCAACUUCAACUGCCUGCUGAUUCUGCUGCCCGUGUGUCGUAACCUGCUGUCUCUCAUUCGAGGCUCCUUCAUGUGCUGUGGGCGAACUAUGAGGAAACAGCUGGACAAAAAUAUCAGUUUCCACAAGCUGGUGGCCUACAUGAUUGGGCUGAUGACAGCUGUUCACACCAUUGCCCAUUUUCUGAAUGUGGAGUGGUACUAUAAUAGCAGGCUUGGGAAUUAUGAUGACCUCAGCUUGGCCCUUUCCAGCCUGGAUGACUCAGGAAACACCACCUUCCUGAACCCAAUCCGUUCUACAACCACUACGCCAACUCUCCUGGUGUUCACCAGCGUCGCAGGGAUCACAGGCGUAAUCAUCACGCUGUCACUCAUCCUCAUAAUCACCUCAUCCAUGGAGGUCAUCAGGCGCAGCUACUUCGAGGUCUUCUGGUUCACACACCACCUUUUCAUCGUCUUCUUCGCUGGGCUGGUCAUCCAUGGAGCCGGACGCAUCGUGCGAAGUCAGACCACCACCAAUCCACCACAUAAUGCCACCUUCUGUAAAGAUCGAAUAGAUGACUGGGGGAAGAUUCAGGAGUGUCCCGUUCCCCAGUUUGCAGGGGGGUUCCCACAGACCUGGAUGUGGGUGAUCGGUCCCAUGAUCCUCUAUGUGUGCGAGCGCUUGCUGCGCUUCAUCCGCUACAUGCAGACCGUCAAAUACAGAAAGAUAGUUAUUCGACCAUCCAAAGUGUUGGAGCUGCAGCUGGUGAAGAACGGUUUCAAGAUGGACGUGGGUCAGUAUGUCUUCCUCAACUGCCCAGCCAUCUCCCAGCUGGAGUGGCACCCCUUCACCAUGACCUCGGCCCCUGAGGAGGACUUCUUCAGUGUGCACAUCCGCUCCGUGGGCGACUGGACCCAGAAACUCAUCAGCAUUGUGGAGCAGCUUCCUGAGGGGGCUGAGGGACCCAAAAUGGGUGUAGAUGGACCAUUUGGUACGGCCAGUGAGGAUGUGUUUGACUACGAGGUUGCCAUGCUGGUUGGCGCUGGCAUUGGAGUCACCCCCUUCGCCUCCAUCCUCAAGUCCAUCUGGUACAAAUUCAAAGACUCCAACCCAAAGCUACGCACCAGAAAGAUCUACUUCUAUUGGUUGUGCAGAGAGACGCAUGCCUUUGAGUGGUUUGCAGAUCUGCUGCAGCUGCUGGAGAGGGAGAUGGAGGAAAGAGGCAUGGGAAGCUUCCUCACCUACAAACUCUACCUCACUGGAUGGGAUCAGAGCCAUGCAAACCAUGUGAUGGUUCAUGCCGAUGCGGACACAGAUGUGGUCACUGGUUUGAAGCAGAAAACAAACUAUGGCAGGCCCAACUGGGAUAAGGAGUUUGAACAAGUACGCAAAGAGAAUCCGACGUCAGUGGUGGGCACAUUCUUGUGUGGCCCUGCAGUCUUAGCUACUGUCUUGUCAAAGAAAUGUGUCAAAUACACGGAUGUCGAUCCCCGAAAGACCAAAUUCUACUUCAACAAGGAGAACUUCUGAGCAAAACAAUGUCUAAUCUGCUCCUCUUGAAGAAAAGCUGGAUCUUUGGUUUUCCAAAAUAUUGGCAACAGAGAUUUUUUAGACCAUUCAUCUGAACACAAUGGACGAUGACCGAUCCUGGUAGGUUGUCUAAUAUUUAUUUCACAUAGGAUUCAGCUCCAUCUUUACCACGUAUCUUGUCGGCAUUCAUAUUUUAUUAUAGGAAUUACUUAGGCAGCAACUGAGCAAGAGACAUUCAACUUUGACCAGGUUGUUACGACCAUUGUCAUGAUAACCUGGUGCAGCAGGCAGCAUUGAGCUUGCCAGUUUGGAGUGUAAGCAUCCGCUUGGCAUUUCCACGCCCAGUUGCUAGCAGUGGGAGAAGAUGGAAUGAGAUGGAUUUUGUCCGAAAUUCUCUUGCAUUUUCACAUCGAUGAAACAUUUGAUCUCAACACAGUUUUAUGUUCCAAAAAGAUAAUCUGUUACGAACGGAGUGGACUAAGUUUAGUACUGUUGAGUUAUUGCACACACGCACUUCACAGAGUAGGCGUUCUCUAACGGAAAUAUGCAAAUGUUUGUUAGAACGCACCAAUAGGAUCUCACUAGCUCGUGCUUGGCUCUGCCCACCUCCUUCCUUGUUCUGCCCACUAUGACUAAUUUGUUCCCAUUGAAAAUGACAGGCUGUGGUCCAUUUUGGGUUAGUUAAAAAAAUCUUUGUUAAACUUCUGUUUCAUUCAGUCAUUCCUAUGGGCGAAAUUAAUGGAGAAAGAAUAGGGUUUUGGGAUAAAUGCCAAAAAUGAGGUUUGAGGUUAACACAGGCUGAGAUGAUCUUAUACAUUUUGUUCUAUGAUAUAUUAUCAGUCAGUUAACAUGACCUUUACGCAUCUUGCAGCCUUAAUGUGCUUUGUCGUAAUUUUUGUUAUUACAUAAAUGCUUCAAAAUUCACAAAAACGUAUGUUUGCUGAUGAAGGUUAUCUCAUAGAACAAAAUGUAUAAGAUCUCUGUGUUUACCACAGACCUAAUUUUCAGCAUUUAUCCCCCCAUGGGUGUUGGCCAACGAGCCAUGGUGGACUCAGCCUCUGUUAAUGCCUACAAAAGACACCACUACUAUUGCGCCCUAUUGAUCCAUUUCUAAAUCUCUCCAAUAGGACAAACUGCAGUCCACUGCUUUCAUUUGUUCACAUUCACAAACAGCAGUGGUGGAAAAGGUACCUAAUUGUCAAACUUGAGAAAAAGUAAAGAUAUCUUAAUUAAUAGAAAAUGGCUUGAGUAAAAGUUAAAGUAUUUGGUUUUAAAUAUACUUAAGUAUCAAAAGUAAAUGUAAUUGUGAAAAUAUACUUAAGUAUAAAAAAGUAUACAUUUCAAAUUCCUUAUAUUAAGCAAACCAUUGUUUUUUUAUUUUAAUUUACGGCUAGCUACGGCCAAGCUCCAAUACUCAGACAUCAUUUACAAACGAAGCAUGUGUUUAGUGAGUCCGCCAGAACACAGGCAGUAGGAUGACCAGGGAUGUUCUCUUGAUAAGUGUGUGAAUUGGACCAUUUUCCUGUCCUGCUAAGCAUUCAAAAUGUAACACAUACUUUUGGGUGUUAUGGAAAAUGUAUGGAGUAAAAAGUACAUAAUUGUCAUUAGGAUUGUAGUGAAGUAAAACUGGUCAAAAAUAUAAAUAGUAAAGAUACCCUAAAAAAUAUUUAAAAAAUAAAAAAAAUACUUGAAAGUACUACACACCACAGACAAACAGUAAGUUAGAAGCUCACCAUACUUGUAAAUAAUUACCUUGUAAUGUGUUACAUUUUCCUGUUAUGGUUAAUAAAAGGUUGGCUACAGUUGAACACAAAACGUCAGAUAUGUUCUAGUAAUUAUUUGAACUGGCUAGCCAGCUGGGAAAAAAACCUUACUUUCCCUACAGGCUUUGGUCAACAAGCCAUGGUGGAGUUGAUACCUUUCAGAAAGGUCUGCAAAAAGUUGGGGGCAUAAAUCUUGGGACUGAAAGCUGGCUGCCUCAGUGAAUAUAUGGGUGUGUUUCGGCACUUGAAUACCUUUUUGGAUUCUACCUCUUCCACAGAAAACCGACAAGCCUUGCACACAGAGACAGAAGCUUUGUUAUAUCUGAACUACUCAGGGAUUGGCUAGCUCCUUUGCUUCCCGCUUUUCACAAUGAAUCAUGAUGUAUGAAGUCACUUACUGUUAUUAAUUGAAGACCUUUGUACAGAAUAGCUCAUCUUGUUAAAAAGACUGCCAUUAAAUGACUCAUGGGUGAGUUAGAUAU